AUGGGCUUAUUGAACAGUCUCGGUAUUAUUCAUGCUUGGACCAGCACCCAUCAACUGAAGGGUUAUUCGGAGUCGAGCAUUGGGUGGAUCUUUGGCGCAUACGGCUUUUUCCUCUAUUUUGCUGGGGCCCAAACAGGACCGAUAUUCGAUACAUACGGGCCAAAGUAUGUGGUGAUUCCGGGAUCAUUGGGAAUGGUGCUAUCUUUGAUAUGCUAUAAGUUCAGUGAAGAAUAUUACCAAAUCUUCCUUUCGUUUGGUAUUUUAGGCGGGCUCUCUGCUUGUACACUUUUCAAUCCCGCUGUCACUGCGGUUGGCCACUGGUUUAAUGUGCGUCGAGGCUACGCGACCGGCAUCGCCUGCACAGCUGGCGGGAUCGGUGGCGUGAUUUUUCCCUUGAUCAUCCUCUUCGCAGCGCCCAAGAUUGGAUUUCCUUGGGCUAUACGCAUCAUUGCUUUGCUUUCUGCGCUGAUGUGUGCUGUUGCUUGCUUUCUUCUGAAGACCAGAUUGCCCGGCAACUCAAAGGCAGGCAUGAGUAUCGACUUCAGGGCGUUGAGAGAUGUCAAGUACGCCUCCACCACAGCUGCGGUCUUCCUGGUCGAAUUCGCCGUCUUCAUUCCAAUCACAUACAUCGCAUCUUAUGCUAUACAUGUCGGUGUGGAAGACACAAUGUCCUACCUCGUCAUAGCUCUCCUGAAUCUUGGAGCUAUUCCAGGACGGUUCUUGCCAGGCUUGAUCGAAGAUAAAGUCGGCCGGUUCAACAUGAUGGUCCUGGCAUCGGUUGUCUGUUCGAUUCUUACGCUCGCACUGUGA